UCUCCACACAGGCCCAUCCUUCAAGCUGGUUUACCCAAAAACACUACAGCUGUAGUGGGUGGAGAUGCCCAGUUCCUGUGUAAAGUCUACAGUGAUGCCCAGCCUCACAUCCAGUGGCUAAAACACAUAGAGAUGAAUGGCAGCCGCUAUGGGCAUGAUGGCAUUCCUUACGUGAAGAUUGUGAAGACAGGAAGCUUGAACAUGUCUGAAGUUGAAGUCCUAUAUCUUACCAAUAUCACAAUGGAGGAUGCAGGAGAAUACACCUGCUUGGCGGGAAACUCUAUAGGGUUCUCUCAUCAGUCUGCUUGGCUUACAGUCUUAUCAGAGGAGGAUUUGGCCAAGGAGAUGGACCUUAUGGAGGCCAAGUACACUGACAUCAUCAUCUAUGCUUCUGGUUUCCUUGCACUGGUGAUGGCCAUUGUCAUAGUGGUACUCUGCCGAAUGCAGGUUCAUCCCAGUCGGGAGCCUUUUGAUACUCUCCCAGUGCAGAAACUCUCCAAAUUUCCCUUACGCAGACAGUAUUCAGUGGAGUCCAAUUCUUCCGGAAAAUCAAGUGCUUCACUGAUGAGGGUGGCUCGUCUUUCCUCCAGUUGUUCCCCAAUGCUG